AUGAGAGCAAAUUCAACUCAAAUUUCAAAUAGAAUAUUUAAAUCUCAAAGAUUUGUAAUUUUAAUAAUAAUAAGUUGUUUUACAAUAUUAUUAAUAAUAACAGGUAUAUCAGGUCAUCAUCAAAAAAUUGUUGAUUCAGUAUCAAAUUAUACAACAAAAGCAAGUCAACAUUUACAACAAUAUUAUGAUACUAAUAAUAAAAUAUCAACUGAUGAUAUUCAAAUGGAAAAAGCUGCUGAAGAACAAGAAGAAGAAGAUAGAUUAAAAGAAGUAGAAGAAGCUAAAAUUCAAAAGGGAAAGGGGAAAUUAAAUGAAAUUGAUCCAAAAAUUAAAUUAAAAGAAGCUAGUUAA